AUGUCCGACUAUACAUAUAACCUUGUUCAGUCCCGCUAUAGUGACAUCGCUAAGCAGAGUAACAACACCCAGCAGCACCACAAAGAAGAGGAAAUCGCCAGGGCAUUUGGCUACAGUGCGGAAGAUCUUAGUUCACUGCCAGAGAAGACUAAUCUCGGCUUGAGCUGUGGAAAUCCGGUGGGAUUUGCCAAUGUUAAAGAGGGUGAGACGGUUCUGGACCUUGGUAGCGGCAGCGGCAUUGAUGUCCUCUUGGCGGCUCGUAGAGUCGGCCCCAAUGGACAGGCCAUCGGCAUUGACAUGACAAAAAGUAUGGUCAAACUUGCCGAGAAAAAUAUCCAAAAGGCAGAACUCUCCAAUACAAAAUUCAUCGAAGCAAAUAUCAGCUCCAUACCGCUGCCAGACUCCAGCGUCGACUGCAUCAUCAGUAACUGUGUCAUCAAUCUCGUCCCGGCUACCGACAAAGCGGCUGUUUUUAAAGAGAUCGCUCGGCUACUGAAGCCUGGGGGAAGAGUCGCGAUCAGUGAUAUUUUGGCUAGAAAGCUGCUCCCGGAUCAUAUUACUAAAAACAUGGCGCUGUAUAUUGGGUGUGUUGCUGGUGCGAGUCAGAUUGGGAAAUAUGAGGAGUAUCUUAGGCAGGCUGGAUUCGAAGGUGUGUUCAUUGUUGAUGCGAAGUCAGACCUUAACCUCUAUAAGGGGUCUUUGUAUUUGCCUCAGAGCUCGUGCUGUGGCGGUGGGUAUGGGGGUAAGGAGACUACGAGUGAUAUUGCUGAGUUGGAUUUUAAUGAGUGGGUCGGUUCUUUUCAGAUCUAUGCUAUCAAGGCUUAG